AUGGCGUACUUGAAGAAGAUCAAGAGCCUUAUUGGUGCUAAAAAGGUCCUAAGACUACUCGGCACCAAGCUCCGCCUCCACAAGCUCCAAACAUCCAAAACCAAACACCGGAAAAUCAAGAAACGCAGCACCACGAAAGGCGGCAGUGGUUGCCUCUCUUUAUCGUUUCAGUCUCGAUUCAAACGGAAAAGGAAGGAGGUUCAUAGAUAUCCCUGGAAGAAAACGAAGACAGUUUAUGUUGACCAGUUGUUUUUAGAGAAGAAGGAGGUGGGGAUUCCGGUGGUUGAGGGAAUAACCGUUAACACGGCGGAGGGGACGAGCGACAAGUGUGGCGGAGGCUUGGCGGAUGAGAUGUGGGAGUCGUUGGUGAUGGGGUCGCCUCAAAUGGAUGGGAUUAAUGAGAGGGCGGAGGAGUUUAUUUCUAGGUUCCGAGCCGAUCUUUUAGUUCAGGAAAUAACCGCUCGGAGAUUGUAG